AUGGCAGCAGUGGUAGAGGCCGUCCAUCGUUUGGAUCUCAUCCUUGGUAACAAGGCAGCGUAUCAGGAAGUGUUCAAGCCGGAGAACAUCAGCUUGAGGAACAAGCUGCGGGAGCUGUGUGUGAAGCUGAUGUUCUUGCAUCCAGUGGAUUAUGGAAGAAAAGCAGAAGAACUGCUCUGGAGGAAAGUUUACUAUGAAGUUAUCCAGCUCAUUAAAACAAAUAAAAAGCACAUUCACAGCCGGAGCACGCUGGAGUGCGCCUACCGGACUCACUUAGUUGCUGGCAUAGGGUUUUACCAGCACCUUCUGCUCUACAUCCAGUCCCAUUACCAGCUGGAGCUGCAGAGCUGCAUCGACUGGACGCACGUAACGGACCCUCUCAUAGGCUGCAAGAAACCCGUGUCUGCCUCGGAGAAGGAGAUGGAGUGGGCACAGAUGGCAUGUCACAGAUGUCUGGUGUAUCUGGGAGAUCUAGCUCGCUAUCAGAACGAGCUGGCAGGUGUGGACACGGAGCUGCUGGCUGAGCGGUUUUACUAUCAAGCCCUUUCUGUUGCCCCACAGAUUGGAAUGCCCUUUAACCAGCUGGGGACCUUGGCGGGGAGCAAGUACUACAACGUGGAGGCCACCUACUGCUACUUGCGCUGUAUCCAGUCUGAAGUGUCCUUCGAGGGUGCCUACGGGAACCUGAAGCGGCUGUACGACAAAGCAGCCAAAAUGUAUCACCAGCUGAAGAAAUGUGAGACCAGGAAGUUGUCUCCGAGCAAGAAACGAGGCAAAGACAUUAAGAGGUUGCUGGUGAGCUUCAUGUACCUGCAGAGUCUUUUGCAGCCAAAGAGCAGUUCUCUGGACUCUGAGCUGACAUCUCUCUGCCAGUCUGUGCUGGAGGAUUUCAACCUGUGCUUGUUCUACCUGCCCUCUCCUCCUAACCUGAGCUCGACUAGUGAAGAUGAAGAAGAGUAUGAGAGUGGCUACUCCUUCCUUCCUGAUCUCCUCAUCUUUCGCAUGGUGAUCAUCUGCCUUAUGAGUGUUCACAGCCUCAAGAGGGCAGGUUCAAAGCAGUACAGCGCAGCUAUCGCCUUCACGCUGGCCCUCUUCUCUCACCUGAUAAAUCACGUCAAUAUUCGCCUCCAGGCAGAGCUGGAGGAAGGGGAAAAUCCAGUCCCAGCCUUCCAGAGCGAUGGCACAGAUGACCAGGAGCCGCGGGAGCCCUUGAACUCGAUCGAGAAGGAAGCUGAAGCUGACUUGGCCAACCAUCAGCCCAGCGAGGAACAACGGAAGAACGACUGCAAGAAAAGCAAGAAAUACUCCCGCCUUUCCUGUCUGCGUCGCCGCCGCCACCCCCAGAAGGUGGAUGAGAGUGACCUGAGCGAGGGCUUUGACUCUGACUCCAGCCAGGGCUCCAUAAAGGGCAGCGAUGGCUCAGAAAGCGGCUCAGAGAAGAGUGAUGAGGAAGCAGAAGCUGCUUUUGACGUGGAGACAGAUUCUGACAUGAACAGCCAAGAAUCGCGGUCUGACUUGGAGGACAUGGAGGAUGAGCCGGGUGAGGAGGGGAGCGGCCGAGGCAAAAGUGGGCCCAAAGAGGCCUUAAAAAACUGUGUGGAUGGCAACGGGCUUGGGGACUCCAAGAGCCCAAACAGCUCUAAAACUGAGGCUCCGGAUCCCGCGGUCAAUGGCCCGGCUUCCCUGAGCACUAACGACGCCAGCAUCGCCAGUAACCUCCAGGCCAUGUCCACCCAGCUGUUCCAGACCAAACGCUGCUUCCGCUUGGCUCCCACUUUCAGCAACAUCCUUCUCAAACCGAACAGUGACCCACCCAUCUUGAAGGAUGGACUAGAAAACAAGCCAUGUGUCAACGGAGAUCUGGAGAAGCCUGGCUUGGCAGAGCAAGAUGAUGUGUCUGACUCCGAGGAAAGCAUUUCAAGUAACAAAUCCUGCAGGAAUGAGCGAUCCCUUCAAGAGAAGCUGGAGAUCGUGACCAAUGAAGGGCUGCUGCUCACUGUCAAGGUGUUCCUGGACUGGCUGAGGACAAACACGGACCUCAUCAUCAUGUGUGCUCAGAGCUCUCAGAGCCUGUGGAACAGGCUGUCUGUGCUCCUGAACCUUCUGCCUUCUGCUGCGGACCUGCAGGAAUCAGGGCUGGCCCUCUGUAAUGAAGUCAAGGAUAUCCUGAGCAGUGCUGAGCUCCCAGACCUGAAGGCCAACUUGCUGCUCCCAGAAGAUGUGGCCCUGCGAAAUCUUCCCCCUCUGAAAAAUGCACACAAGAGGUUUAACUUCGAGCAGGAUCGGCCCAUUUUCUCAGCAGUGGAGGAGUCUGUGGUUCGGAUUUGCUGCAUUCGGAGCUUUGGCCACUUCAUUACCCACCUGCAAGGCAGCAUCCUGCAGUUCAACUCGGAGCUCGGGAUCUUCAUCAGCAUAGCCCAGGCGGAGCAGGACAACCUGCUGCACCAGGCCCAGGCCCAGUUUCACAUGGCUGCAGAGGAAGCUCGUCGGAACAGGCUAAUGAGAGAUAUGGCUCAGCUUCGACUGCAGCUGGAGGUUUCUCAGCUGGAGGGAAGUCUCCAGCAGCCCAAAGCACAGUCAGCCAUGUCUCCUUACCUUGUCCCUGACACCCAGGCCCUCUGCCAGCACCUGGCUGUCAUCAAGCAGCUGGCCACCAGCGGGAGGUUCAUAAUCAUCAUCCCUCGAACAGUGAUCGAUGGCUUAGACUUCCUGAAAAAGGAGAAUGCAGGUGCUCGGGACAGCAUCCGGUAUCUGGAGGCAGAAUUCAAAAAGGGAAACAGGUACAUCCGUUGCCAGAAGGACGUCGGGAAGAGCUUUGAGAGGCAUAAAUUGAAGAGACAAGAUUUAGAUGCCUGGAAUCUGUAUAAAAUACUGGACAGUUGCAAACAGCUGACGGUGUCCCAGGGGAGCGGAGAGGAUGACACCACCGGAAUGGUCACCAUCAUCACAGGCUUCCAGCUGGAGGACCCCAGUGUGUUCUCAGCGCCCAUGCAGUCUGCCAUCCAGGCAGCCGCCAACGCCAGCGUAGAAAUCAAAAACGUUCUGGAGUUCUACAAGCAGUGGAAAGAGAUGGGCUGAUGUUCAGAAAGGCAUCGGGUUGGUGUACCUUUCUCUCCCCCUCUCGGAACGUGCAGCGUCUGAACGAAGGAAACAAAAAUCCAGGCGACACUUAGACACGAAGAAGCAGCAGCAGCAGCAGCAACAACAAUAAGAAAAAAAAUAAUCUACCAAAAAAAAAAAAAGCAAACCACCCAAACAAACAACCCGGAAAAAAAAAUAUUCCAAUUUGGGCACGCACAUGGACACCCUCCACCCGUAUCCCGACCAGACGCCUGUACAUCUCCGACGGCGCCAACUGCUCUGAGAAGAGAGAGGCACCUCGGGCGGCCGAGGCCGAGCUCUGCCCUUCUCCCAGUCGGCAGAGACGGGCGAGAGACGGGCAGUCAUUCCCCCGCCCCGCUCCCCCCACACGCCGAAACCCCCGGCGCGGGCAGGCGGCUGCUACAGAGCAGACUUGACUUUAAGGAAACCAAACCAGCGCAGCAGAAAUGGAGCCCUCCUACGCUUGGGAAAGAAGAUCCAAAGAGUGUUUAGCUCUUGUUUGGCAAUAUGGUGACAGGAAAGCAGAUAGUCUUCUUUUUCUUUAUUUUUUCUUUUUUUUUUUAAAUUUUUUCCCCCUCCUUUGAAUUAUUUUUCAAGGGGCUUUUUUUUUUCCUUUUAAUUCUUAAUUUUUAUAAAUAUAAAUAAUAUUAAAAAAAAAAAAAGUGGAGUUCCUCUGGGGUUAUGGAUACUUUUCCGAUGUCAGAGAGAAAAGGAAACAAUUAUGCUAUUUAAAAGGGGGGGAAAGCUCUUAAUAUAAUUUUUUUUUUUUUUCCUUGAACAAGCAUAUUUAUUUCCUUUCCCUGCCCCCCACGGAGCAGGCUUGGUGCGAAGGGCCUGCGAGGAGAGAGCAGUCUGAAGGGCACGUCCCUGCUCUCCUCACCAGCUCCACGCGUCCUGAGCAACGGCAGGGGCCAGGCUGCUCCAGAGGCAAAAAGGGCUCUGCCCUCCUUCCCCCGACCCUCCCGCUCCCACCAUUAGGCCUUGGGGACAGGGAGUGGAAUCCGGCAGAGCUGCUGGAAGAGAGGGAAGAGCCAUGUGGGAUUUAAACACUGCUAAGGCUCAGCCACUUGGCUUGAGGACCCUGGGAUGGAGCAGACAUCGCCGAAGGACCCAAUGCCUCUUCUUUGUUUUCUUGUUAUUUUCUUUUUUUCCCUUUUUUGUGUUUUUUUGUUUUUUUUUUUUCCUCUCUCAAUUUUGCAACGAGGUGCGGAGGAGGAAGGAGGAUCUUGAAGCCAUUCUCUCUUCUGCUGGUUGUCCAAUGCCCCGCUGCUGCUGUGCCGUGCCAGAGAGGGUGGCAGAACUGGAGCCUUUGUACCCCCCAUCCCUCCGGGGCAGGCGAAGGCAGCGCAGCCCGUGCAGCGCUUUUAGCAUCCCCACACAGAAGGGAUGACGUGACCUGGACGGAUGCUGGAAGAGCUAAUUCCCCGUGUGACCUGCGAGGGACCUCCCAUCCUGACGGCAUCUCGAGCAACCUGUGUCUGACCUGUGUCCUCCUGUCACACGCCGGUGCUGGAAAUGAAGAAACGGGUUGCUCCCGGGACAGCAGAGCGGUGGGGAACGGGCUGAACGGCCUCUCUGUAGUUCACCCUGCGCCAGCAUACUCAAGAAACAAGAUGUCUCCAUCAACGUGGACUCACAGCAGCUAUGCAAGUCAAAAACCACUAGUCUUCUACCUUUGCGUGUUUCCUCACACGGGCCAGCCCAGAAGCUGCUACAAAAGGGGCAUAACACGGAAAGGCGAGUGCCGUACUCCCAUCUGUGCAGACUUCCCAGCAUGACACAUUGUAUUGGAGUGGCAGGAUUUGUUUUCAGGUAAAAACUUUAAAAAAAAAACACAAAACAACCCCAACAAACCCAACCAGCACAAGUCCUUGAGGAUCCGUUGGGUGCAGCAGGCCGGCUGGAGCACCGCGGGGAGUUCCAGCCCCGCUCCUCGGGGUGCAGGGGGUGGAAGGAUGGGGUUUCUCUACGGCUUUUUCCUUUUGCAGCUUCUCCUGAAACUCGCGGUGCUUUUCUAGGCUACGCCAAGGAAACAGAAGGGCAGGUCCAAGACUCGUCUUGGGUGUUGUUAGAGAUGUGAGCUGGGCCGUGGAGCUCAUCGGUCACUCUUCCCUCCAGCGCUACCCCUGUGUUUAUUUGAAGCCAUUUGUUUGUCCAGCUCGUUAUUUUUGUUUGAUGGGGUGGGGAAGGAAAAGAGAAUCGCUGUGUGGGACUUGUCGCCAGAGUGAUGUGGGGGAUGGCAGAGCCACCUCCCCUUCUGCCCCUCCGUUGGCUUUGAGAGUGGUGAAGUGUCCUCCUCGUUCCAUGGAGCCUGGUGCAGGGGAAGGGAGGGAGGGUGGGAUGGUGGACUCUGCUUUAUAUUUUUUUCUCCCCUGCUGCUGAAAGAAAACCAUCCACCUCUUGCUGCAAAGCACAGGGAAAGGUCUGCAGCUCCCUCCUGGAGGUGGGCUCCAGCUGAAGCCUGGCUCAAUUGUCCUUCCCUUCUGGCUGUGAAGUGCAGAGCGAGCGCCCGGGGCUGGUAAAGCAGAGCGUGGUGUGGCUGAAAUCACCCCAGCGAGGAGCUGGAGCCAUCCUCAGCUUCCCUUGGCCACAGCUGGGUCUUGAGGAGGGGAAAGAGCAAAGCACAUAAAGGGCCUGGCUAUCGAGCCCAUCACUGCUGCCUCGGGCUGUGCAGCUCCGUGGGGCAGGAUGAGAGCUGGGGGCCGAGCCCUGGGGACAGCAGACGGGGUGGACACUGCCACUGAGCAGGGUGGCAGCAAGUCCAAGGGCAGUCUCAGCAUCCCCCAUCAGACCCAGGGCUUGUUUGGGCUGGACACAGGAGGCCAUUUAACAACAGAUGUAAAUAGACUUGGCCCUUCUGUAGGAAGGUGGUGUCCCCCUCCCCAGCAGGGGCACUCGGGGAGCUCAGAGGCUUCUUCCUGAAGGACAGCAAAGCUGUUGCUGUACUCUGCCCCUGCCCAUCCCUGAGCAGCUGCCCUGAGCUGCUGAGGGCUUCUUUUAAUGUUUCCCUGAAGAUCUGCACACCUGGAGAGGAGGAGAAGGGCCUGUUCCUUCACCAGGGACCCUAAACUGCCCCUUGGCACCUUUCAGGACACCGUAGCUCUGGGCCCAGGGGGGAGGGACAGUGACUUUUUAAAUAACUUCUCCCCAGAGUGUGCAACCAGAGUUUUUUUGGUGGAUAAUUUGGGGGUUUUUGGGGGGAUGUGUGUCCCCAGUCAGAGACAGCCCGAGCUGGAAAGGGAGGAGGCUCCGCAGCCGCAGAAGAGCGUGGCCUCGGGGAAGGGGACGAGUUGUGGCCUCCUGAUGGAGGAGCAACUGGAGGUCUUUUAAGAUGGGGGUGAAGGAAGGCACUUCUCUGCCCCAGCCCUCGCCAUGGCUUGGAGUCUCCUCCCCGGGAGAAGGACUCCUUUGCCCCAGUUUGGUGGGUCACGUCCCAGUCCCAGCCAGAGCCAAAUGUGGGAGCUGGGUCCCUGCCUUGUUUUGCUGGUGGCCACUGGUGUCUCCGGGGCUAAAGGAAACUUGAGGGUGGUGGUGGGGUUCUGCUCUGCCGGGGGGUCCCCAUCACUGGGGGGGUGUCCUGCGAGCCCCCCCAUGGUGGUUUCACCCCACGCCUCCAGAGCAGGUGAGGGCCAGCCCUGCUGCUCUGCUCCUUCUGUCCCAGCUCGUCCCGCGGCGCCCGCUCCGCUGGGGAAGGAGAACAAGAAGGGAAACAAUCUUGUGGGCUGAAAGCAUUGUUUUUAACGUGUUUUUGUGUGUUCCUUGGUUUUGGUAUUUUUCUUUUCGUUACCACCAUGUUGAGCUCUUGGAAGUUUCUGGGGUGACCCCGGGUGGGCAGAGCGCGGGUUUGCGGUGGCCGAGGCUGGCUGGGUGUCCCGGGGAGGUGGCCCUGGGGCUGUCCCCGUGCCAUGCUGGACACCCCGGUGCUGGUCAAGCUGCUGGGCGGUUUCACGGGCCGUGCCAAGCGCCUCUUCCUUCUGCUCCUGUCCCUGCCGGGCUGGAUGCCGCCUGCAGCGCCUUGGCUUUUCCCUUUGCAUCUUUGAUUCUUUUUUUUUUUAUUUUAUUUUUUUUUAUUUUUUCUUUCCCCUUGAUGUCUCGCAGAGCUGGCCAGUCCGGCUGGGGCAGAGCACGGGGUGGGGACAACGGGGAAGGGCAGGAGGGUUGGCCCCGGGUCCCCGAGUUGCUGCCGCCGUCUCCCCGGCAGGGAGGGGAGCGUGGCUGGGUUUGGGGCGAGGGACAAUCUCCUCUCCCCACCUCCUUUUGCACAAACGAGCCCAGCCUGGGGAUUUGUGACGGGUCGCUCAUGCG